UGCUCAUAAACAUACACUCACUGUAAUAUGGAGAUGAUUUCAUACGCGGCGCACGGCGAUCGUGUUUUGUGUAGAAUCUAUAAAGAGUUGCAAUGUUUCUUGUCUACCAGUCGGCACGCACUUACCAUCCAUCUUCUUCCCAAGCAUGCCUUCUCAACUCGCGAUGAAGACUGUUUUGGCUUUUUUUGCUUCUGGCGCUUCAGCUUGGGUCAUUGGAACCCAGCAAGCAGAGAACCACCCCAAGCUGACGUGGCAGCGAUGCACCGGCAAAGGUGGCAGCAGCUGUAGCAACGUGAACGGCGAGAUCGUGAUUGAUGCCAACUGGCGCUGGCUCCACGACAAGACUGCUAACAGCUACACCAAUUGCUAUGACGGGAACAAAUGGAACCAGGCCCUAUGCUCUUCCAACAGUGCAUGCACGGCGAAUUGUGCAAUUGAGGGCAGUGACUAUGCUGGAACAUACGGUAUCACGACUUCUGGCAAUCAACUCAAUCUCAAGUUUGUCACAAAGGGGCCUUACUCGACGAACAUUGGGUCUCGUACCUACCUUAUGCAGGAUGCGAACAACUACCAAAUGUUCAAUCUCAUCGGCAACGAGUUCAGCUUCGAUGUUGAUCUUUCUCAAUUGCCUUGUGGCCUCAACGGAGCCCUGUACUUCGUCUCUAUGCCUCAGAAGGGCCAAGGAGCGCCUGGCGCUAAGUAUGGAACUGGAUACUGCGAUGCGCAGUGUGCUCGUGAUCUGAAGUUUAUUGAUGGCAAGGCCAAUGCUGAAGGAUGGACUCCGUCUACCAAUGACGCAAAUGCAGGUGUUGGAAAGUUUGGUGCAUGCUGCGCCGAGAUGGAUGUCUGGGAAGCCAACUCUGUCUCCACAGCCCUGACCCCUCAUUCCUGCAGUCCUGAGGGCUACAGUGUCUGCGAGGGCACCAACUGUGGAGGCACCUACUCUCUCGAUCGCUAUGCGGGAUCCUGUGAUGCCAAUGGCUGUGACUUCAACCCAUACCGUGUUGGUGUCAAGAAUUUUUACGGCAAGGGUAAGACUGUUGAUACCUCGAAGAAGAUGACUGUAGUCACCCAGUUCCUUGGCUCUGGAAGCAACCUUAGCGAGCUGAAGCGCUUCUACAUCCAAGGCGGAAAGGUCAUUCCGCAGCCACAGCCUACCAUCCCAGGCAUGACAGGCAACAGUAUCACUCAGAAGUGGUGCGACACCCAGCAGCAGGUGUUCAAAGAAGAUGUCUACCCGUUCAACAAGUUCGGUGGCAUGGCAUCUAUGGGCAAGGCUAUGGCAGGAGGCAUGACUCUUGUCAUGUCGCUUUGGGACGACCACUAUGCCAACAUGCUGUGGCUUGACUCCUCGUACCCACCGGACAAGGACCCAAACCAACCUGGAGUUGCCCGUGGUGAAUGCCCCAGCUCAGGUGGCAACCCUAAGGAGGUUGAGGCCCAGUUCCCGAAUGCUUCGGUUGCCUUCUCGAACAUCAGAUUUGGCCCCAUCGGCUCGACCUUUGCUCAGCCUUCGGGCACCUAAGUGAGUCGUGAGGGUGCAAAGUCCUUCUUGGAAGCGGAUUU